AGUAAAGAUGGCGGCUGCGUGGAGUUACAUAUGAAUUUGACAUUGCAAAGUAAUUCUCCAAAAUCCACUAGUCUGUCUCAGAAUUUUGAUCAACUUUGUGGCCAAAAAUGAAACGUAGAAGAACACGCACGCCAUCAGAUGCAGGUAGUCCUUCGCAGGAGAAGAGAGUGGUUACAUCUCCAACCAGUUCGAAAACUGCAGCCGCUUCUGCUUCUACUACAACUAAAGAUGGUACUUCUAAAUCUUCAGAUGGUCAACAUGUUACGAACAUAGAGGAUACGGAGGUGGAGAAAAGAAGUGCUGCUGCUGAUGUUGCUUCUUUUGAGAGAGGAACUGAGGAAAUCAGAAAGCUUGUAGCAGAAAUUCAGAAGCAAAAACUCGAGGAUUCAGAUGUCAGUGAGUCCAGGAUAAGGUGCACUCUCCUGUUUACGAUCUUGAAAAAACUCAACAGACUUGCACAUAUGCGAUGUAAGAAAGCUAGAGAGAGAACUCAAGAGUCUAAACAGAAAGUGGAUAGUCUCCACCUGCAGUUACAGAACCUUCUCUAUGAAGUGAUGCACUUGAAAAAAGAAAUAACAAAAUGUCUUGAGUUCAAGUCAAAAGAUGAAGAAAUAGAGCUGGUGUCAGAAGCUGAAUUUUUUAGAGAUGCUCCAAAUGAAAUAUCCAAACCUGAUGUCACCAAAGGAGAUUCUCAUAAGUUGAUGUUGGCAAGACUUGACUGGGAACUGGAGCAGAGGAAGAAAUUGGCAGUACAAAAAGAACAGUUUCUGAAAAAGAAAGAAACACUUUUGAAAGAAAUCCACACCAAGAAAGAAUUCUUGGACAGUCUACAACCAAGACUAGAAAAUAUUUUAAAGGCCACACAACCUGUUCAGGAGUACAUGAACAUGCCACUGGAUGCUCAGCGAGCACAGCAUGAAACAGCACGGUAUCUCCCUCAAUCACUGUACAUCCUGUAUGUCCAAGCAUCAGCGUACAAUGAGGCAUGUGAUCCUCAUUUGGAAGUCAAGAUUCUCGGUGAUUUAGAUGUUGCAAAGGCUGCUAUGGAAGCUAAACCUGCUGUUAGAGACAUUGACAGUGAUUCAGAUCAGGAAAACACAGAGGGACACAAAAGGUCCAAGCAUAGGAGAAAAAAAGAAGAGGCCCGUUUGGAGGAGAAAAGGAAAUUGUUACUUAAGAAGCACCCUCUUCAAAUCUUAAUACAAGUAAAGUGUAAAGACAAAGCAACACUUGAUUUGUUAUUCUCCUUUUUGCCAACAUUCAACACUGUGGUGGUCUCACCAUCACUGAAUUUGAAUGAAGCGGUAUCAGAACCAGUGUUGGCAAAUAGCACACUUCUUUCCCCUGAUUCGCUGCUAAUCAAUCUGUUUCCUGAUGAUGAUGGAAACACGGCUCCAAACCCUUCCAGCUUGUAUCAGCUUUCAAAAGUUGGAAUGACUACUUUUACAGAUUUUGUCCGCCUAGUGGGUAAACCUUACAUGUGGGUUCAGCGGAUUUGUGGACUGAACUUUUUGGCCAAGGAGCUACAUGAAGUUUUGCCAAAGUCGUCAGUUAGUUUGUCUCAUAUGGAAGCAACCAUCAAAGCUAUAAGAGCAAGAAUCUUAGCCAGACUCGCUCUGCAACAACAACUGACUUCCCUUGAAAAUUUGACGAUUCCAGGAAAUAAGAAUUCUCUACAGAUGUUUCCUACCAAGAUUUCAACCAAGUUGACCUCCUGGCAACCAGUAACGUUUGAAGAAUUCCAGGAAAGACCAGAGCUCAAAAAUCUUAUUGAAGAAGGUUUCAUUCAAGAAAGUGACAUGCUUUUCCAAGCUGUGUUUGAAAGAAGCAAAGUUCAACUGAAGGUCUCAGUGAUUUUGUCCCAAGAGUAUCCAACAACCCCGCCGCUUUUUUCCAUAGCAGUGACGUGUGGGAAGACGGUGAUAAGAGACAGCCUCACGAAGGCGAUUGAAGCGGAAGUGAAUGUUUUCUACCCGGAACUAACAGAGCACGACUCUUCUUUAAAUCUAUUAGCCAAUCAGCUUCGCCGCUUACAGAUGUGUUUGGAUAUCUAUCUGGAAUGUGGAAGUCUGAACGACGUAGAAGGUGCAGAAACAUUUGAUCGCGAGAAGUUUUUUCUUCGCGUUAAAAAGGGACGAGAUCACGGGUUACCUCUGAAGUACGACUCAACCCAAGGAUUGUUCACCCAAAGAUAGCGAUACCUAAAGAACCAGGCUUUUGAAGGCUUCUAAACGUGUGUGCAGAGAGAAUAUCCUAGUUCUCUAGAAAACCAUACAUCGCGCUAGGACAUAACUCGUCUGACGUGAUCAGCAUUCUACUUUUGUAAUUUUAAAUGGUCCUAGAUUAAAUUUUUACUUUGCAACAAU